AUGCGCAACGACGUCGGCGAGGUACUCGUACUUGUCGCGGUAGUUCUCCUCCGCCUGCACAGUCUCGAGGAGCGACGUGGGGGCGGAGAGACACUCGCGGCACUUGGCAAGCUCGUGCUCACGCGUCACAUCCUCAAGCAGGGCUAUAAGCUCAUCCUGCGCCUCCGCCUCCUCUUCUAUGCGGCGUGCCUGCUGCUUCUGCUGCUCUAG